GUGAAAUCCGAAUACAUAAACACUUUCUCAUGAUCGCGAAGAUGGAAAACUGCGAGAGUCAUCACCGCACCUCUAAACAUUUUCCAACAUCUCAUUUACAUCACCAGCCAUGUCUCCCCGACAGCUUCCUACUCAACAACUAGGUCGUAAUGGGCCACAUGUCCCUCGAAUCGGCUUCGGUUUGAUGGAGCUCAGCACUGGCUAUGUGGAAACAUCUCUGUCUGAUGAAGAACGUUUCAAGGUCUUAGACAGAGCUUGGGAGAUCGGAGCUACCUUCUGGGACACCGCAGCCGGCUACGGAGACAAUGAAGUUCUUCUUGGAAAGUGGUUUAACCUGCACCCAGAAAGACGCAAGGACGUAUUUCUCUCCACCAAGUUUGGUGCUCGGGUGGAGUGGGGAGAAGAUGGCAAGGCCAAUUUCGUGAUUGAUAGUUCGCCCGAGAACUGUCGACGCAGCUGUGAAAAGAGUCUUCAGAAUCUUGGAGUUGAUGUCAUUGACUUAUUCUAUGUGCACCGGUUCGAUCGUGUCACUCCCGUGGAGAAGACUAUGGAAGCCUUGGUGGAGCUGAAAAAGGAAGGCAAGAUUAGGUGUAUCGGGUUAUCUGAGCCAAGCUCGGACACUGUCCGCCGCGCUUGUGCCAUCCAUCACGUCACGGCAGUUCAGAUUGAAUACAAUCCUUGGACACUUGACAUAGAGACAGAAGCGGGCACGAACCUGCUGGCAACCUGCCGCGAGCUUGGUGUAGCCACUGUUGCCUAUUCUCCUCUUGGUCGUGGAUUUCUUUCUGGCAGGUUCAAGUCUUUUGAGGAUCUAGGCCCGGAAGAUAAGCGGCAUGCACUUCCUCGGUUCAGCCCGGAGAACUUCGACAAGAACCUGGAGCUUGCCAAGGUGUUUACUUUGAUGGCGGCAACCAAGAACUGCACUCCCGCUCAGGUUGCGCUAGCUUGGAUCAUGUUUCAGGGGCCCGACAUGUUCCCAAUUCCGGGCACAAAAACUUUGAAGUAUUUAGAGCAAAACGUCGAGGCUGUCAAUGUCAAUAUCACUCUUGAAGAUGACAUGCACAUUAGGGAAACAAUUAAGGCGAUGGGAGGAGCGAGAGGAGCGAGACAGGUUGCUCAGGGGAACGCGCUCGCCGAUACGGCGAAACUGGUUUGAAUGAGACUGCGUGGAGAGAUAAGACAGGCCGUGUUUGAUAUCAAGAAAGCCUACUGUGUGACUACGAGGGCCCUCGUUAGUGGGCAAGAUAGUCAUAUUUCAAAG